GGUUAAUAUGUUUUGACUACAACUGAAUUUUGCAUUUUAUUUUUAAAAACAGAUUAUAAUAGUAGGAUUUUCGAUUACAUUUAUGCGCAAAUGUGUCCACGCGAGGAUGCUCGUGAACAACCGAACGCCGCAGAGCCACAUGUUGACGUCCAACUAAUAUAGCCUACUUUUACUGAAAGGUAUAGAUUUUUAUUGCAGAAAAAUCAUUAAAAUGCUCGAUGUGAUUAGUUUUGCGCAGUUAUAUUUUACAUUAGCCUAGGCAUUCGUUAUUUUAAUCAAGUUAUUCGGCUUUAGGCAGAUAAAGUUCGGAACGAAUCAGAUUCCCUUUUGUUGAGAAUGAGCUGUCAUGGUAACAGGAAGACAACACAGCAGCCUUCUGCUUCUGACACGAGAACCGACGCUUUAUCUUUAAAAAAAAUAAAUAAAUAAAAAUACAUAAUUUAAUUGAUUUUUUCUGUCAAUUUGGCAUGAUGACGCAAAGGUAAUAAAGAUUUUAAAGAUGUUUGUUUUCGAAAAAGUUUGUUUCAGCUGUCGCUUUGGCUAGUUGGCAGAUUCAACCAGUUUAUUAAUUUGAGGAUCUUAUAAUAACUGUUUGCCAGUAUAUCAGGUGACAGACAUUUUCAUAUCCGGCAGAUAAGUGUUAAUAUAAUCAUAUCCAGGUCUCACCGAGACAAAAGAAAUGUUUCUGCAACCAGUAAGGGCAUAAAGAAGAUGUUUGGUGAAUGAACAGGAUCAAGACAUGGAGAAAUAUGAGAAAGUUCUGACUCUUGGCAGAGGAGGAGCAGGUGUUGUGAUGUUGAUUAAACACGUUGAUACAAAGAAAUUAUGUGCAGUCAAAAGAAUACAUGUGGACAGUUCCCAAAAAACAAAGACCAAAGAUGUUGUGUUGCAAGAGGCAGAUAUUCUCAGGAGCUUGAAGCAUCCUCAUAUUAUAACAUGGAUUGAAACUUUUUUUGACACAGCUAAUGAGAAUAUUUACAUUGUUAUGGAUUAUUGUGAUGGUGGAACGCUGGAUGACCACAUUAAAGAGCAGAAGAGUGGGGAAUACUUUGCAGAAUGCAAAAUUAUGGACUGGUUUGUGCAAGUUAUCAUGGCCGUCAGUUAUAUCCACUCUGAAAAGAUCCUUCACAGAGAUAUCAAGCCUUCCAAUGUGCUGUUAACCAAGAGAGGUGUGAUUAAGCUUGGGGAUUUUGGGAUAUCAAAGAUUAUGAACCACACGCUGGAUAUGGCCUCCACCUGUGUGGGAACCCCCAGUUAUAUAAGUCCUGAACUCUGUCAGGAUGUCCCAUACAGCACCAAAUCUGAUAUAUGGGCUGUUGGCUGCCUACUAUAUGAGCUUUGUGCCCUCAAACCAGCUUUUGAAGCUAAAAAUCUCCUAAGUCUGUUUUACAAGAUCAUAAAAGGGGAGUACAUCAAGGUCCCCGAGAGGUAUUCGGAAGACAUCCAUGCAUUAAUCGGGAAAACGCUGUCCUUGGUUCCUGAGAACAGACCGAGUGCGAGCAGCAUACUAAGUAUGACCUAUGUGCAAGAACAUCUGGGAAACUUCAUCGAGCAUCAGGAGAAAGAACUUAUAAAGGUGAAUGCUGAAUCCAGAUCUCAAACAAAAGAAGACUUUAAUGUAGAAAACACAUCUAUGGAAAGCAAAACAGAUAGUGCCUCAGCUGUCUCUGACAAGACACUGCAAACAGAGACAUCACCCAGUGCUGAGGAGGAAAUCGCCCAUGAAGGAACAGAAUCUGAUUAUUCAGAGGACUUUGACGAACAUGAUAGCUAUGCAUCCUCCGAGGAUGUUUCGAGGGAAGAUGUCUCCUCCAGCCUUGCCAAUGUGGUUGAAGAGGCAUUUGAGGAAUCUAGCGUUGUGUCUGAUGAUGAGGACAUCUCUGAAUAUCCAGAUGACUUUGAAGAAGCUGAGGAUGAUGACCUGGCUGAGGUGGUCAGCUAUGCCAGAGAUGCCAUGAACUGUGUUUCAGAAAAUGAUGCGUUUGAUGUGGAACUGGAGCUCAAAGAUGCAGGCGGUUUCUCUGUCACAAUGAAACUGUUAAAAGAGAAAUACAUGGAGGAUGUUGGAGCCUCAGUCUAUGAGGAAAUCAGUGAGCACUUUCUGAAUGGCCUCACGCCAGAAGACCUGCAGCCACAGUUCCAGCACAUGAUCGGGACAGACCAUCUGGAGACCUGCUACCUCAUUUUCAACCUUGACCAAGAGACCACAUGCUGAAUCAUGCCUGUCCAAUUUAGAGAAAGUAAUUUCCUUGUUUUAAAAGUCAGUGCUGACGUAAUGAUGAACUAUUCUUCAACUAUAUGAAGCAUUCAGUGUAUAUUAAAUACAGAACUUUGUAAUAUAUGUAAUGAAUUAGAACUGAUAUUAUAAAAUAGUGUGAUCUUAUAGAUAUUUGACAUCAAGAAACCUUUAACCAAGCAUUCAGUUUUGAAAGUGUUACCUAGUAUAACCAGUAGGUGGCACUCUAUAGUAAGAAAAUGUGUAGUUUGGUGUUACACACCAUUACAGAAAAUGAACACAUCAUAGUUUCCCAUCUUGGCAUUAUUAGUCACAUCACAGUGACUGAAGUAUAAAACUGCUGCCUUUCUAAAUAACCUAUAUAGUGGAUACAAAAAUUCAUUAUAUCCAUGGCACCCAUUUCUCUACAUUUUUAUUUACAAAAAUCUUCUCUCAGCAUAUCCAUUAAACAAUGCUUGUAAUGUGAAAGCAGUGAGAAUAUCAUCUGAACAUUUCCUGCUGUGCUUUUACUCCACUAUUGAAAUGUAAAAAGAAGACAUUUGCAGAAUCUGUAAAUUUAUGGGUCACAGCUGCAGUUGUUUUCCACUUAAGGCGUUUUCCCUUAAACUUGUCCAGAUUAUUCCAAGAGGGAUUUAGUCAGUGUGAUAGAGAAACUGCCAUGUGUAACUGUAUGAAUGACCCUUUCAUUUAAGAAUGUUCACAAUCUGCCCCUAGAGGAAAGUAUGUUAUCAAGCCAGCAUUAGCAUAGGAAAGCUGCAUCAAUUAUACAUUUAGCCAGUAUAAAAUGAGAUCAGUCUCCUGACAGAAUGUAGUAUUUUUUGUCUGUUUUAAUAUAUCUAAAAAUUUAUUAAUUUUA